CUAAUGGCUGGAGAUCGCGGAUAUUAGAAGGAUUCUGCAGAGAAGAGGAGGAGAAAGUGACUGAAGCUUCACUGGAAACAACACUGAGGCAGCCGCAGCAGCAGCGAUGGCUCAGCUCGCCAGCCACGGACGGCUGCUCCUGCAGCGCCUGCAUCAGCAGCGGGAGAUGGACUUCCUGUGUGACAUCACCAUCAUGGUGAAAGACGUGGAGUUCAGGGCUCACCGCAACAUUCUGGCAGCCUUCAGCGAUUAUUUCUCUGUCCAGGCGGAAAAGGGCGAAGAGUUCACGACUCUGGACCCGGAGAAGGUCAGCCGCUACUCGCUGGAGAAGCUUCUGGAGUUUGUUUACACCGGGCAGAUGAACCUGAGCAGCACCAGGCAGGCUGCUGUGCGCCGAGCCGCCGUCUUCCUGGGAAUGUCGGAGGCCACUAAGUACCUGGAGAAAGUCCCCUGCUGGGCCGAGUCCGGCGAGACGUCCCAGUCGGACGCGGACAGAGAGGCGGAGCCGUGUCCGCCGAGUCCCAGCAGCCCGCCGUCCCCCGUCCCUCUGUCCAUCGCCUCCGUGGUCGGGGACUUCAAGGAGGACGGCCUGGAAGGGAAGAUCCACGACUUCGACCCGCGGGACGAGGACCUGGGCGACGACGUGGAUUACACGCCCGCCACGCCGCGGAGCUUCGGCCGAGCGACAGGCAGGAAGAGAGGGAGGAGGCCCAAGAGCUUCAGCGGCGAGCCGCCCGAGCCGAGCAGCGGCGCCAAGAUCCAGAGCUACAGAGGCAGGGGGCGGCCCAGAGGCAGCGGGCGCGGCCGAGGAAGAGGAGCCGCCAGAGAAGAAGAUCUGUCCGCCGGCGAAUCGGAGGGCAGCGUGAAGGACUUCGGCGAAACGCCGGCCGACUUUGGAGACACAUCGGCCGACUGGAGCCCGUCCAGAGAAGAAGAGCUGCCAGUCAAGAAACCACGGCUGGGCAGCGAGACGAGGAGAGGGAGGGGCCGCGGGCGGGGCCGGGGGCGAGGGAGGGGGCGAGGCCGCGGGCGGGGCCGGAGGAAGAUGGAGGAGGAGGACGACGAUGAGGACGAGGAGAGCGGGGAGCUGGGAACUGAGGAAGAGCAGGAGACGGAGGGCGGGGAGCGGGACGGGUCGGAGCUGGGCGAGUCGCUGACCUGCAGCGAAUGCAACAAGCUGUUCAAGGACAUCAGCAGCCUGCGGCGCCACGAGAAGAUCCACAAGGGCCUGAAGCCGUUCUCAUGCAUCUUCUGCUCCAAGACCUUCAGGCAGGCCACGCAGCUCAAGACGCACCUGCGCAUCCACACAGGUGAGAAGCCGUUCACCUGCAGCAACUGUGACAAAUGCUUCGCCCAGAAGUGCCAGCUGGUCGCUCACCGCCGGAUGCACCAUGGAGAGGAGAAACCGUACACCUGCGAUCGCUGCGGCUUCAAGUUCGCCACGUCGUCCAACUACAAAAUCCACAUCAGACUGCACAGCGGAGAGAAACCGUACGUCUGCGACAUCUGCGGCCAGGCGUUCGCUCAGUCCAGUACCCUGACCUACCACAAGAGGCGCCACACAGGAGAGAAGCCGUACCAGUGCGACCUGUGUGGCAUGUCCUUCUCCGUGUCUUCCUCUCUGAUCGCACACGCCAGGAAACACACAGGCGAAACUCCGUAUAAAUGUACGCAAACAAACUGUGACGCCAAAUUUGCAACAUCUUCUGAGCUGAAGAAGCACCUGAGGAGGCUUCACCCAGAUGGGAACUCAGGCGUCCAGUGCCUGCUGUGUGGGAACCGCUUCGCCAGCGUGAAGAACAUGAUCAAACAUCAGGAGAAGGCUCACGCCGACGAAGUGCGACAACACAAGGAGCGGGCGCGAGCCGUCGUCCUGCUGGCCUCCAGCCAUCCGGUGGCGUUCGUUCAGAGCAAACUCACACAGGACAACAAGAGUCUGGUUUCCAUCCCGGAAUCGGAGCCGAGCAACCCAGAACCUCCGACCCCGAACCCCAAAGCCUCAGAACCGUCCGCCACCGCCGGCACCGAAGACCCGCCCACAGAGCCCGCCGCCAUCAUCCAGGACUUCAAGACGGAGCCGGACCACCACGCGCUGAGCGCCGGCGCCGGCCAGCAGGUGACCUUCGAGGCCGACCCGGAGCAGACCAUCAACUCGGACACGCUGCAUGCGCUGGUGGAGCAGCUGCGGCCGGCGGCGUCGCCCGCCACGGGCCUGGAGCAGAUCAUCAUUAUCAAGACGGUGGACCCGGCCGAGGCGGCGCCACCACCGCCACAGUGAGCCCGGAGGCGGGCCGGACUCUGGACUACAAUCUGACCCAACUUCACGUUUUCAGAACCGUUUCAUUUCUAAAAACAACCAGAACCAGUUUAGAUAACAGCUUCACCAUUUAAUAGUGUAUUACCACAUUGAUGACCUCUGACCCCUCAUUACAUCCUAUUUAAAGAAUAUUUUACUCCUGUUUUUUCUUUUGACUAAUUUUUACUUCUUUAUUAUUUCUGAUGAACAUCUUUAAAGUUAGUUCUGCCAUUAAUUAGUUUGUAAAAACUUAUUUUUUAGCUGAUUUAGAUUUUUCAGUUGGAGAGUAAAUUAGCUUGAUUAGUUUUGUUUUAUGUUUAUCAUAUUUUGGUGCAUAUAAAAGUAAAAAAAAAGUGAGUUUCCUGGUUGUUUGGCUUUAAUCUGGUGAAACUACAGAACGACAGUUAAAUGUGAAAUAGUUUUGGAGUGAAACAUAACAGCAGGUUUCCUCCUGAAUGAUGGCGUCAUUAAUUUGAUGAUUAAAGAGUAAAAUGUGAGCAUGACGUGAAAAAAUGGCUUUUAUUUCAGAGCCAGAGGAUGAGAAUCGAGUCCUGCUGGUGCCGGUCCGGUCUGCAGGUCAGAAAAGUCUGAAUUAGUGCAUCUAUCAACUUCCUGAUGAUGCAUCAGGACAGCAGAUGGUUUUUGUACUCGAUGCACUUCGAUGCUUUAUUGCAGGACUUCCUGGAAGGAUUCACAUAUUUUUGAGCUUUUUUUCCUCCUUAAAACAUAAAAAUAAAAUAAUAAAAAUAAUUAAGACAUAAGUUUUGCAGUUUUUUGCUUCGAGCUAAGUGUCCUAACUAUGAACAGCUUCAGUUAAGUCCUGUAAACAGAAUUUUUUUCCUCUGCUUAUCUUCAUCAACCUGAAACAAUCAGUUAUUUUACGGCUUUAUUCUGGGUGGAAUAAUCAGUGUAUAGAGAAAUGUGCUGAAUCUUUUCAUUUUUUUCAUGUUUUGUGUAGCAAGUAGGAGGCCAGAAAAAAUUUUUAUUUAUCGUAUCUACAUCUGUUAGGAACGUAUUUCUGUUUAGUUUAGUUGGAAAACUGCUGUACACAAAGCAUUAUCAGUAGGUCUUAUUUUUGCAAAAUGUCAUCAUUACUUGUACAGUUGUGAGAAAUAACUACAUGUUAGGCAAUAUAUAAAAAAACAGAAAAAAAUGAAUAAAAGCGAUGUGAAAUAAAGCUAAAAU